GUGAAACUGAUCAGACGUGUUGAGUUACACUGAGAAACUGAAGCCACCUUCCUUCAGGCUCUGGUUACUUGUUACCUGUGUUACCUGUGGAGUGACUGUGGACGUGACGACGGGGACAAGGUCCAGAGGUUUUUAUCAGCUCUGUGAAAAUGUGAUGUGGACUGUGAGGGGGCGGGAUUCAGGACAGAGGUGAAACAGGUGAGAGAGGGAGAGGAUUAUACAAACACAGCACAGCAGGAUUAAAACAUACAGCUUCAUUCAGCUGUGAUGAGGACUCAGAGUCCUUGUUCUCAGAGCUGAAUUCUGGACCAGGACCUCUUUUUAACUUGUCUGGAUCCAGAGAUGAUGAAGCCAAACGUCCACUUGAAUUAACCCCAGAGGACAGUUUUGUGGAGGUGAACUGGACCUGUGGGAAGAGGGUCAUGUAUGUCCUGUGCACCCUGGCGGUUCUGACCCUCCACAGCCUCUUCAAGAACCGGAACAAGACCGUGGAGCCCAGCGGGACCUCGGAGACCGCAGGGCAGAAAGGUCAACCAGAGGAUGGAGGUGUUGUCGAGGUCUGGGGGAUUCGUGGAGACGAGUCAGUGAGGAUCGUGGACCGCAGAGGACUGAUGAGCUGCAGAGGUGAAGGGAAGAGGAGGCGAGGAGGAAGAGGCGUCCGUAAUGUCCCCGACAGCAGGAAACGAGUCCAGCCGGUCCAGCGGUCCAACGCUCUGCUCAGCCCGGCGGUCAUGUUCGGCACAAGAAAGACCUGGGACCUCGGCCACGCCCCCUGCCUGCAGGAGCUCUGGAAGAAAGACAUCUCAUUGGACGCGAGCUCAGUGGACUUCCUGAUGAGUGAUGGUGAAGACGACGGCUCCUUCCUGUCCCUGCCCACUGCCGCCUUCUCACAGCGCCCCUCUCUGACUGCGGAGCUGACAGAAACAAACGCACCCAGCCAGCAGCUACUCAUCCAGACUCUACAGGACAAAGUGUGUGAGUUUCAGGCUCGUCUUCGCUCUGAAGAAGUCACUCGUCACCUGCUGCUCCAGCAGCUGCAGCAGCAGAGCGUCCAGGAGAAGACGUGUGGAGGCGGAGGAGGUGUCCAGACACUGCAGGAGGAGCAGCUGUCAGCUCUACCCAACGGUGAGAGGGUGCAGCCUGGUGAACAACCUUCAAAUCGUCUCAACUGUCCAGAAGAAGAGCAGCUCGUUACUCGGCUGCGCACACAGGUGGAGGAGCUGGAGGAGAAGCUGUUGGAUCAGACUCAGGAGGUGGAGAGACUUCGCUCUGAACUGGGGGCGACAGACCUGGAGAAGCAGCUGGAGCUGCUGGUAGUGGAGAACGAGCGUCUGAAGCAGGAGCUGAAGUCAUGCAGGAGCUCAGAGCUUCAGAAGCUCGAGGCUGCUGCAGAGACCUGCAGCUGCAGCCACUGCCCUUACAGCCAGGAUGCAGAGUCCCUGCGGAGAGAGGUGUCUCGCUGGGAGAGCCAGGCCCGGCAGAGGGAGCGGCGGCUGGCUGAGCUGGAGCGAGAACUGCUGGAGAAAACCUCAAGGGUGGAGUCUCUCCACCGGCAGCUGGACGACUCCACCCGGCAGCUGGACGAUGGCCGGAGGCAGCUGGAGGAGGCGAGGCGGAGGCAGGGGGAGACCGAGCAGAAACUUGGCCUCCGUCUGCAGGAGUGUGAGGACGAGCUCGCUAGACAGGCAACGGCGCCCCCCAGAGUCAAGUAUGUGACUCAUACGGUGGAGGUGGAGUCGGCAGACUCUCAGAAAGCUCUGGCUGAAAUGCAGACGAAGAACACUACUCUGCAGGAGCAACUUUCUGUCCAGAGACAGCUGCUGAGAGAGCUGGAGACACAGCUGCACGAGUCGCAGAGGACCUGCGCUCAGCUCAGGACACAGAUCCUGGUGUAUGAAGGAGAGAUGGAGCGAGCUCAGGGUCAGCUGGAGGCCGAGAUGCAGAACCUGGAGGAGGAGAAGAACCGAGUGAUCGAGGAGGCGUUCAUCAGAGCCGAAAGCGAGAUGAAGGCCGUCCACGAGAACCUGGCAGGAGUGCGUAUGAACCUGCUGAGCCUCCAGCCGGCUCUCAGGACUCUGACCUGUGACUACAACUGUCUGAAGAGGCAGGUGCAGGACUUCCCGUUCAUGCUGGAUAAAGCCAUCACUGAGGCCAAGCAGGAGAUCUGUCAGGUGAUCAGUGAGGUGAGCAGCACAAACCAGGAGCUGCUGCGUAAAUACAAGAGAGAGAUGAACCUGAGGAAGAAAUGUCACAACGAGCUGGUUCGACUCAAAGGUAACAUCCGUGUUUUCUGCCGCGUCCGGCCCGUCAGUCAGGAGGAGCAGGACGCCGCCGCCGAUGCCAAAACCAUGCUGAGCUUCGACUCGGAUGACGACGCCAUCCUCUACCUCUCCAACAAGGGAAAGAUCAUGACCUUUGAACUGGACAAAGUCUUCGCUCCACAGGCAACACAGGAGGAGGUGUUUCAGGAGGUGCAGUCUCUGGUCACUUCUUGUAUCGAUGGCUUUAACGUCUGCAUCUUCGCCUAUGGACAAACCGGCUCUGGGAAAACCUACACCAUGGAGGGCGUGGUCGACGACCCUGGCAUCAACCAGCGAGCACUCCGCCUGCUCUUCUCUGAGGUGACGGAGAAAGCUCCAGACUGGGACUACAAGAUCACAGUCAGCAUGGUGGAGAUCUACAAUGAGACGCUGCGAGACCUGCUGGGAGAGAAUCCCACUGACAAACUGGACAUUAAGAUGAACCCUGACGGCAGUGGACAGCUCUACGUCCCCGGACUGACCGAAUUCACCGUGCAGAGCCCCGAAGACAUCAACAGGGUGUUUGAGUUGGGUCACAUGAACAGAGCAACAGCCUGCACCAACCUGAAUGAACACAGCUCUCGUUCACACGCUCUGCUCAUCAUCACUGUGUCCGGAUUCAACACGGCCACUGGAAACCGCACACAAGGUAAGCUGAACCUAGUGGACCUGGCAGGCUCGGAGAGAAUCGGUAAGUCGGGGGCGGAGGGCAGUCGGCUCAGAGAGGCUCAGUGCAUCAACAAAUCCCUGUCGGCGCUUGGUGAUGUUAUUAACGCGCUGCGGAGCAAACACUCCCACGUCCCGUUCAGAAACUCCCGCCUCACCUACCUGCUGCAGGACUCACUGAGUGGGGACAGCAAGACCCUCAUGAUGGUGCAGGUCUCUCCGUUGCCCAGCAACAUGAGUGAGUCUGUGUGUUCGCUGAAGUUCGCUCAGCGUGUUCGCAGCGUCGAGCUGAGCUCCUCGUCCAGGAGACACGAGAACUCGUCCACCUCGUCCUCGCCAACCCAUGACAGCGUCGAGCUGGACUCUCCCCCGGUGACCCCGGUCCCUCUCCCCAUCUCUCGGGCCAGCAGCGCCGGCUCCACCCUCUCCUCCGCCUCCAGAACCCCCAGCAGCUCCCGCAGGAGGUCGCAGUCCCAACUCUCCACAGGUCUGAACUGUAACAGUGAUGGAGGAUUUUCCCAGCAUCACCUGCUGUCAGUCUGCUCUUCCUCUUCCUCUGUGUCCUCAUUCUGUGGUCUGAUUGGUUGGUUUACAGACAGACAGGUAGACAGAGCCAGCCCAUUGGUGGGGGACGGUGGGCAGGACGACUGAAGCUGACGGCCUGAGGGACCCAGAGACGCCGAUGCUGUGGGACGUCCGGGUCUGAUCGCAGGGUGUCGGCCAACACCCUGAGGAUUUUACCUGAUGGGACAUCACAUCCAUCCUGUCCUUGCUGGAUUUAUUAAACCCCCGUCUGAGCGGGACAAAGGAGCAAAGACUUUUGGCAACUUUACAGGGUGGAACAAUCUGAAAUAUCCACUGACUCAUGUCUCUUUCAGUGGAGAACAUGGCCAAAUGUUUAGAUUUCUUCUUGCUGUGAUGGACAUUUAAAGACUUUUACAGACUCUGAUGAAAAACCACUGAAACUCCUAAAAGUCCUCGAGCUCCUCCCAUCUGGACCGAACUGAAAUUCUCACUAACUCAUCCUCCCAGAAAUCAGUAUACGCUUUCCAAUCACAGUAUUUUAUUGUUUCUUUGUAAAGUUGCACUUUAAAUUUCUAGAUUAUUUUCUAACCCACAGUUCCAGAUGUGGCUGAUUUAUAAUAUAUGCAUAAUAUGGUUCUAUAUUUAUGUUUGACAUGCUUUAAUCUUGUUUUUUGUUUCAUUAAGAUGUUUUUUUUUUUUUUUUUUUUUUUUUUUUGCAGGCUACGUGAAAAUUUUGAGGUUAAUCUUAAGAUUUUGAGGUGAAAAUGAAGAUUUCUGGUUUAAAUCUCAAAUUAUUUUAUCUCAGAAAACUGAGAUUGAUCUAAUUUUAUCACGUCUUGAAUCCUCUUCUGUAGUUCGGAGGCUGACUUUGUGUCCUCGUAGUCCUCCUUCAUCCAAUCAGGGUACUCCACUGAUGCUGAGCUGUCCAAUAGGACGUGAGCAAUACAAGGAAAUCGUCACGUGUACAUGAUUGUUGUUUUUCGAUCUUCUGCUGUUCCUGUGGAUGUUUUUUUUUCUCUCUCAUGCAGAGCGGACGAAUCUUCGUCUUCCUUCAGCUCAUUUAAGUCAAAACAAAAAAAAAAAAAAACACUCAAAUCUUCUUCACUUUCCUCGACUGUUUCUUCUCAGUGUGAUCCUGCUCUUGUCUCGUCACCUCUGUAGAAAACAAACCUAGGGAACCACAGGUGACCUUUGACCUCAGACUGAACAGAUCUGUAGCCGUUUGAGCUGGUGCUGAGGUUGAUGCGAAGCAGGAGGAUGUAAACUGUUAGUCGUAGUUGUAGUAAACAGGAAUGCUUAGAAACGCGAUGAGCUGCUGUGUGUUGUUGACCUGAUGAUCAACAUGUCUGCUUGCUUUGUCUCCACUGUAGAUUUCUACAGUUUGUUUUUUGUUUUGUUUUUUUGUAUUCCCUUUUUAAUAAACACUCCAAAACAAACAUGA